UUAUAUGAAGCGAUUGUAAGCAUUGAAAAGUGGCAUUUAAUAAACUGGGUAAUCAUAUUCAACAAGUUUAGUAGCAAUUGCUUGAUUAAAGUGACACUGUGCUCUACCGUUCUCUCUGCAGACUAGGGAGUCAACAGCGGCAAGGAAUCCCCGUUUUUCUCAACCUCCCUACCUCCUACUUCACCUUUGAUUUCCUGUGAUCUCCUGCUAUCUUCCACGAGAGCAAGGGUGCCUUAGAGCAAUUCUUGGAUUGUAGUCAAGAAUAUUCCCUAAAAUGUCUUUUGUUCAAGUUAAACUCCAUCUUUUUGGGCUGUACGGAGUCUGUAGGCUUUUCAGAGGUUUUGGCAACCAUUAACAACUUGCUUGAUAUGGAGCAAGCCUUGUUGGUUGUUUUAGAAGACCUGUUGUUUUGUUUGUUGAACCUUUGGGGGAAAGGGGAUUCUUUGUUUGUAACUCAAAGCAAUAGGGGUUAAUUUCUCUUUGUUAUUUUUAAUUGAAGUUUAUUGUUUGACGUUUAGGUGAAUCAACAAUAACAAUUUUUACUUUGUUUAAUUUAUCAAUGAAAAUUAUGCUUAGAGUUAGGAAAGUAAUUAAAAGAUAAUUGUCAAAUAAUUAAGUGUUGACAAUUUUUGUUUAAGAUAUAGUCAUGUUCAUGAACAUGGUAAAAACCAAGAGCAAGGUGACUCUUUGUACGGUUUUAAGCACAUUUUCUUGAUUAUUGUGGGGCUAAAGCCCCCUCAGCCCCCAAUACGCGGUCCCUGCGAGAUUUUCGCGGAGUGACAUCCUCCUCGAUUAAUGCAUAUAGUGAUGGCAAGAUGAAAUAAGAUAAUUAGUUAACAUAUCCUGGUGAUGGUUAAAACUCAACUUUACUGGAUCUGUCCGAUUUCUUGUACUAAGUUUGUUUGUGGUUCAACGCGUGUGAAGUACUUCCAAAAUUGAUUUGAUAAACGAAACCGAUAUGUAUGACUGUUCAAACUACGCAAAACCGAAAUGUGUUUUUCUUUAUCAACCUAUAUUUCCCAAUCCCUUUCGUUUUUUCAUGUCCGCUAUACAAGAAAAGGUGUGAAAGUCUUUUUGAUUUUCAUCGUUUCUUGUCGACGAUGUUAUGUCACCGUACGCUUGUGAAAAGUUGCAUUACGGAGAAUGAAUGGGCUGUACGCAUGGAUCAAUAAACGUUUGACGCACCGAUUUCGCGAUACUUCUCAAAAUUAAGCAAUUAUUGUAUAUUUUCCUCUGCGACAUUUUUCUCUUUGUACGUUUGACUCGUUGACCGAACAUCCCAAGGGAGGUGCAGGGCGUGGGAAUGUUGGGUUACAGCAUUCGAUUCUCAUUGAUCAAUGAUUUUUCUAUUGUUAUAGUGAUUACUGAUCGUGAUUUAGAGCAGUUGAAUCUUUAGAAUUCGAAGGAUUGGUCGCUUUUAUUUGAUAAUGGGGCGAUCACGGGCUGAAAGAUCUUGGUUAAGAUAUACUGCUAUAUAAUACAAAUCAAAGCCCCCCCCCCCUCCCUUGAAAAAAAUCCUAGUCCGAGACUGUAGCGCUUUAUUUGUGUGGGGACUGUAUUUUAACCUUUUUAAAGUCAUAUCUUAUUUCCGCAAAUUGUUGUUGCCCCUGCAUUUCCACGUCCAUUAUUUUCUGGUUUCGCCUUGUAAUCCGCGCUGAAAUUCAGAACGGUUAAACGGUUUUGGACGCAUGACGCACGGCGUUUCCGCGAACAGUCAUGAGAAAUAUAUAUUUAUCCGCGAGUUCCAAUGAACCAUUCUCGGUGCGAGAGAUUCUGUAUGGCCUUAGAUAUAGACCUAACCCUUACCCUAUUCCUAAUCUUCAAGCCUUAUCAUCAAGGAGCUGUUUCCCAACCUCUUUCGCUUUUGCAUGUCCGCCAUUAAAGGAUAUGAGAGAAAGUCUUGUUAAGUCUUAUCGUUUCACGUCGACAGUGUUAUGCCGCCGUACGCUUGGCAGAGUUGCAUUGCAGAGAAUGAAUGGGUUGUACGCCUGAGUCAAUGAAUGUUUGACGCACCGAUUUUGCGACAUUUCUAUAAGAUAUGCAACUACUGUAUAUUUUCUUCUGCCACCUUUUCUCUUUGUACGUUUGACUCGUUGACCGAAAAUCCUAAGGGGGUUCAGAGCGUGGGAAUUUUGGCUGACAUCACUCGAUUCGCAAUGGUAAAUGAUUUUGAAUGAUAGAGGCGAUUACUGAUCAUGAUUGCUAUUUAGUGCUGUUUUAUCUUUAAAUUUUUAAGGAUUCAAAAAUUUUGUGAUGGGAUUUUUUAUUAAAAGUGUGUGGGAAAGACAAGGGUGAACAGAUUCUGAUGAAAAAGUUUCGCUAUACUUUUAUGAGAACAAUUUAAUAAGAACACGAGCCUCAAAAUAUUUUCACACAAAUUUUUUCCACGCAAAUCAUUUCUUGCGGAACACGUUUUUUCACGCGAGGAUUUCCUGUUAAAUUCUGUUCUCGCAAUUUUUUUUGUGAUUGUAUUUUCCCGCAAAUUAUUUCUUGAUUUUUCUUUUUCAUCCGCGUGAAAUUCAGAGUGGUUUAACCCUUUUAACUUCGGACAUUUUAGGCGUACGAGGAAUAGAUAUCAGCCAAUGUUUAAAUCUAUCGUUCUCCACACAAAGUAUAAUUUGCUGUCUGGCCCCACACACGUAAUGAUCCCUGAUCUGUUAUUUAUAUGCGAUUGAUCUGUCAUCGAUUGGGAUUCAUAUAUGAUAGAUCUGUGAUUGAUAUGAGAUCUGUUUAUUGGUCUGUGAUUGAUAUGUGAUUGAUGUGUGAUUGAUAUUUGAUUGAUUUGAGAUUCAUCUCUUUAUUGGUCUGUGAUUGAUAUGUGGUUGAUUUGUGGUUGAUAUGAGAUUUAUCUGUUUAUUGGCCUGUGAUUGACAUGUAAUUGAUUUGUGAUUGAUAUGAGAUUUAUCUGUUUAUUGGUCUGUGAUUGACAUGUGAUUGAUUUGUGGUUGAUAUGAGAUUUAUCUGUUUAUUGGUCUGUGAUUGACAUGUGAUUGAUUUGUGAUUGAUAUGGGAUUUGUCUGUUUAAUGGUCUUUGAUUGAUAUGUGCUGGAUUUGUGAUUGGCAUGAGAUUUAUUGGUUUCUUGGUCUGUGAUUAAUUUUUGAUUGCUGUUACGCAAUAUGAUAGAUGAUUUAGACCCUGCUGAUUCAUUUUGAUUUGAUAUACGGUUGUUGGUGAAAAUAUCAAGUUAUAAAUAAUCUUUGCCUGCCUAGCAUGAAGUGCUGUGAACAAAAAUACUUUAGUAAGUCAGGUGUAAAAUUUGGAACCUGUGUUUAUCACCCAAACAGCAUUUUUCGUACUUUUUGAAGCUUUUGAACAGGGUCAAUAUGACUUAUCACAGGUUGUUUGUUAACAAGCCACGGGUUUUCAGAACUUGAUUAUAAGCGAAAUCAUAAUAGGUAGGUGACUCUUAACUGAGAAUUUUCUCGUUUUCUAAUGCUGAAGCUUUCUUAAGGCGUAAUUUUGCUAAACAGAGUUAGACAAGUUUGAAAAAAGUUCUAAAAUGUUUGCAUCACUUAAUUAGUACAUUGAUAGGGCUGUUUUUCUCGAGAUAUUGGAAGAUGACUUUUGUUAAUGUUAAACAUAAGAAGGUUUGUUGACAUUUUACCAUUUAAGUUGAGGCUGGGUUUAACUAUUCUUCAAUUCCUAUUUAUUCACACUUCCUUGUUAUAAAAUUUCAACUUUUUCUGGAUGUAUAGUUACUUAUGUCGACAUAUGUGGUUAAGUAACAUCGAGGCAAAGUUGCGUAGUUAGCAAUUUCAAAGUGGGAUUGCUACCAUGUAAAUUGAUCUAGGAAAUAUAGAAUCUAUAAGGAGAGCGACCCCCCUUUAGAAAUAUUCCUAGUCAUGCCCUAAAGAAUUGCCUAGCCCCCCUUUUCUGUACAAUUGAUUGACAGAGUGCAAUAAAACGAAAAAUUACGAACAAGAAACAAAGUUGGAUUUAUUUUUUUAGUGAAUAUUGCCAUCACGUUGUUUAAUCAAGGGCAUCAAAAAAACAAAAUAAUCUCUAAUUGCCUUUAUUAUUUAACUUUUUAAUUCCUUUUUUGCAAAUUGUCUGACGCUUGUUAUCAACUGAAACAUAAAGUCACUUCAAUGCAAAACUCUAUUUUGAUUUUGAAAUAGGCAAACCUAAAAUCUUUAAAUUCCCAAUGACGCCAAACAUUCGUGACUUGUGACAGGUUUUUACAAAUUUAUGGUUUUGCUUGUAACUUGUGAUCAUAGACCGCAGCAUAAAAUAAUCAAGACAAUCUUUGCCUAUAGCUGUCGCAUUUUGUAUAUCCGAAUCCAUAAUUGAAUUUCCUCAGGUUGUCGCUUAUUGGAAACAAAGAUUUGUUGUUAUUUCGUUUAUUUUCAAAAAAUCGAAGAUUCAACGAAUCUCUUUGUACAGAAUUUCGUGUUGCGAUGAUAGGACCGCAAACCACUCACGCAUGUAACUUGAAUUAACCAAAACCGAAAACAAUCGGGCCAGUAGCCUUAUCGUUUACCGAAACAAACUCGUUAUAUGCGAGUAAUUACAUCGUGAAGCGAUAUUUGACGCCAAAAUAUUUCGUACGAAUAUGCGAUUGCUUAUCGGAAAGCCACCCGUUCGUUUUGGACUAUAGAGAAAUCAAAGAGAUAUAAACUGUGGCGGUGCGCUUAUUGCUGUUGAAUACACGAGUUCAUUAAUCUAGAGAAACUAUUUAAAGACGAUUUUUAAUAGCAUCAAAGUAACGACCAAACUUAUGGAUUCCGUCGACACAUCUUCGCGAGGCGAAGACGCAUAGAAAGCGGAGAGGUACAUUGGCCGUUCGCAAGCGUCACGUAUCACGUUUUGGACAAUGUUGAAACAAUCUUCAGGAAAGAACGGAAAAGUGCCGCCGCGUUGCAUUGUACUGCGAUCCCAAGCGUUGAAUAGCCAUUUUGUAGCCAUGUAUUAGGCAAUAGCGAUCUACCUGACACUCCGAGGCCUCAAGAGAUUCUUCUUAAUUUCUAUACAGGAAAGCUGCUACGUCUUGAAAAUAUACCAACCGAACGGAUGACGCUAACAGCUGCAUGUUAGAGCGGAAGUUAGCUAGUAUAGAAACCAGCCAUAAUUGAAGAGAAUAAUUAAUACUUUUCACGCCUCUGAACAAACGACGAUUUGUGUCACAACAAGUGGCGGUAUUUCGUUCUUUGUUAUCUUGGAUUAUAUAAAUAGGUCUACUUGGAGAGAAGGAAAAAGGUACCAUAUAGAGAGCUUGAGUGGGUGUCGCAAAAUACUGCUAAACAACUUCGUACUUUCUGUUCAAAGUAUAUAUUAAAGUGCCGUCUGGAACAGUUAGUAGUUCACUCUCUAUUUCAAAGGUCCUAAGUGUUAAGAUAUACUAAAGAUCUAUUUUCGAUUUAGAGAAUUCUAGGCUAACUUCAAACUCGUAUAAAUGGGUACCGAGGAAAAGAAAGCAAUGCACGACAACAUGCAUAACGGCAAUGGACGAUCGCCCAAGUGCACAAGAUGUCGCAAUCAUGGAAUGGUUAGUGACUUGAAGGGUCACAAGCACAGAUGUCCGUGGCGAGAAUGUCAAUGCAACGAAUGCCUUAUCGUUACCGAGAAACAAAGGGUAACUGCAGCAAGGAUAGCAUUGUAUCGGCACCAGACUCUUCAUAGCGGAAAUACGGACACUGAUGCAAAAUUAGGUUGUGACGUCAAAGUCGAACUGAACGAUUCUAACGCAUUUACUCCGUUGAAGAAAAGGAAGCAACCUUCAAAAGACUCCCGCGCAUCUUCGCCCACAGUACAUUACGACGAAUCCCGCAGCCCUUCAUCUGUGACGUCAUCAGAGGCAAACCUCAUCGCUUAUACUGGGUAUCCAGCGAAGCCAAACCACGUGGAGAUGCUUCAGUAUAUAUUUCCGUUCCAUACACAGAAGACCUUGAAAAUGACUCUUGAGGAAAGCAACGACAAUAUUCUGCAGGCUGUUUUGAGGAUUUCGCAGGAUCUACUAUCUUUUCGGGUACCUUUCAGUGAAGGCGAUAGUUUCGGAAGAGUGCGAAACAUUGCGAUGCUGUUUUCGUCAAGCGUCGAACAAUCUUCAGCCGGCCGACCCGAUUGUUGUACCAGUCCGUACUGUCCGAAGCAAAUGGCGUACGACUGGGCUCAACGACGAGCGAGGACGACAAGAAUGAGUUACCAAAUGCCAGAAAUGAUCGAAUCAAAGAGUUUUGAAACCAGUUAUCCCUCGAUGAACACUUCACCAGUAUAUUCGCCCGAAAAACGCGCCCGCUAUGAGACCGAAUACCCUCCUAGGAUGAGUGUUGCAAACGACUUCUAAAUGAGGAUAAAUAAGACAUUGCAACCAUUGUAUGAUAUUAAAUUGGUUGCAGUUGGAUCUUGACAGUCUUUGAACAAGUUCUGGUAAAAGAAAUAUAAUUAUGCAUUCAUGGGGUUCAUUGUGGUCGAAAGAAUUGCAGCAUGACAAUGGGAAAUUUUUGACGAAUAAAUAGAAGACUAAAAUCACGCAAAUUAUGACUUAACUUGAAAUGACUUUCAAACUUUAUUGCGUUAUGAGGUUGAGAUAUAAUACACGAAUGAACCGGAAGUGUACAUAUUUUAGAAUGUAGUUAAACCAUGAAAUUUUCAGUUAUUUAGAAAAGUAAGUUGCUUAAUCCGGCAGGCAAAGAUGCUCGACAAUCACAAAUGAGAAAUCUUUUCGUAUACAUUGUCAUACUGGCUAGCAAAUAAAUUUUAGUUUUUUAAAGCAAUAUUCGAAAGCAUUCAUUUGAUUUUUAUAUCUACUAAAUUUUCCAAAGAAUAUUUAUGACAAGAAUUUUUCAGUUUACUUUAUUUUUACAUGUUGGACAGGAUCUUGAAUUGAAAGAUUUAAUAUUGGAUAACGAAGUAUGUAGAUGGAAAGUGACGCACCGUAGAGGUUUAUUUUAUCAAAAUCUUUCAUAGUAAUUUUAUGUGUUUUUGAUAUUAUGUAUUAUUUGACGCAAUGCUUUUAGAAAUAGUAACCAGUAAAUGCAAUGUCGUAGAUAAUCCUGAAAUAAUAUUUUAUUUGCUUUAAAGUCACUUUAUAAAAUUGCAAUUGGUUUAGAAGCCUAGACAUUGUUAUACAAAAAUUCUUAAUUGAUAUUGCCUGACUAUUAUAUGCAUUAUAAAUUAAUGAUUAUUACCCCCGUUUCGUAACCUUCAAUUAAGGAAGACAAGUAAAAGUAAUAGAAAUAGAGAUUUCUUAAUGUUAUGAUAAUAAAUGGGGAGGUAAUGCCUAAUGGCCUCCUCCCUAAACGUCGCCGGACGACUAGCAAUUGUUAUGCCCAUAUCACUUAAAAUAAUAAUUCCAAAGUUGCUUACACGUACUUGUAUCACAUUUCACUAAACAUAUUACUGAAAUAUCGAAAUUCAGUUUACCUUAACGAUAUUGUAGAUUUUAAAGGAAUUAUUCUAUUCUGUUACGUUUCAUUGAAGAUUUAUGUUGCAUGGCAAAAUUAUCUUUAAAGACAGUGAUACGUGAAAUCCAGUUGUUCUUUCUGCUUUAGUCUUUGUCCAUUAAAAGCAAACUUUUUGUUCAAAAGCGAUUGAAGUAGUGGCGGUGCAAGUCCCUGGGCCUGGUGGAUGGGAGAUGGUGGGUACAAAAU